UAUAUAGAUGCACCGAUCGACCUGUCCGAGCAGAGGAGGCAGGUUCACAGCAGGCUGAAGGCCACCGGGGGAAAAGUCGAGUUCGUCCCGAGACCGGAGACCGGAGACUGUCCUCAGAGGGAACACGCCAUGGCCGCGGAGCAGCGCUUCGUGAUCAGUGCCCGCGUCAUCGGAGCCGUCCGCAGGGACGCGCCGAAGCUGAAGACUUUCAUGAUGUCAGUGUUAUGGAGCGAUGCCAGUGAGGUUAUUAUCUACAGGUCCUUCAAGGAGUUCAAGAAAUUUCAUAGACAGCUGAAGAAGAGGUUUCCUCUCCUUAAUCCGUUUCGAAAAAGCGACAGAGUUAUUCCCAAAUUUAAUGGAAAGGCGAGGAGGAGCAGCCUCAAGCAGAAGGGAUCCCAGCGAUCUGUCAACCGCAUGAAGCUCCUGGAAAACUACUGCAAUAAGCUGCUCAAGUGUGAACAAACGGUGACUCAAAGUUCGGAGGCCACACAGUUCUUCACCCCGAAAGCCCACGAUCUGGAUCAGGACUUCACCAAAAACAGCUUCAUGAUCCUGCUGUCGGAAAAUCAGCCCGAUGGGUCGAGCGGGGGAGGGUGGGGGGUCACCCACCAGCACGGGGCCAGCAUCACCCACCCGUUCGUCACCACGACGUACCGCUGCGUGGCCGCGUACGAAACGAAGGACACGAAGAAUCAGCCGUUCAAGGUGAACGUGGACGAGAAGGUGGACGUCCUGAUCAAAGACCCUUCAGGCUGGUGGCUGGUGGAGAACGAGAGCAGGCGCCUCGCUUGGUUUCCCGCGCCCUACCUGGAGACGUUGGACGGCGAGGAUGAUGAUGAUGAUGAAGAAUACCCAGUACGAGGUAACCUGUACUGUGCUGUGAGGAGUUACUCCACCAAGAAGAGUGAUGAAGUGUCCGUGCCUAUCGGCUCUGUGGUGGAGGUGCUGAGAAAGUCUGACGACGGCUGGUGGUUGGUCAGAUUCAACGGAAAGGCCGGUUACAUCCCAUCCAUGUACCUGCAGCAGUACCACAACCCGCGAAUGGGCUUCUUCAGCAUGCAGAGUAAGCUGCACGGCUCCAGCCUGAACCUGGGGACCGGCCGCGAGCUCGAGAGCCCUCGGCCCCUCAGCGUCAGCAAGGCCGCCGAGUCAGAGAGCGGCUCAGAGGCUCGGUCCAGAAGCGGCACCCCGGUGCCCGAGCGUCUCCUCAGGGCCCAGUCUCUGAACGUCCUGUCUGAGACCUGGCUGCAGACGCAGGCGGCGGGAAGCGCCGGCGGCUCCGGGGGCCGAGCGCGCAGCAUGAGCAACACCAGCGCCGAGUCCAGCCUCUCCGACUUCUCCUCGAGCAGCGGGUCGUCUUCCAGUCUAAGGGACGAAGUGCAGGCGCAGAGCGGCGCCGCGGACACGCGACGCAACGCCGACAGCGGCUGCGGCAGCUUCGCCUCCGGCUUCUCAGACCGAGGCUCGGACAGGAGCUCAAGGCGCUCCGGGAGCCUCAAGGUCACUGAGGCGGCCCCCGCUGCUCCCAGGGUUCCCCCCAGACCCAAGACCCAGGAGAUCCUGACCCGCUGCACUUCCAUGACCCGCAAGGCGGCCUUGGCCACCAAGAGCAGGGUUCAGAACCAAGCAGAGCUCAUUCAAACGCGCUAGGGAAUUAUAAGCAUUUCCAAAAGCACUUUAUAAUACAGAUCCUAAAAUACAGUAUGUGUUUUUUUUUUGUCUAAAACCAUUGAAGGGUUUUUCAUUUACCAAAAGUAUAAUGUGUUCUGAUUUCUUCAAAAUGAUGUCUGCAGAUGUGUGAUGUGAUCACAUUGCGCAUGGCAUAUUUGAAAUGAAUAAUGUAGCUUUAGUGAAGCACCUGAAGGAGCAUUUAUUGUGCAAGACAGUUUAUAACUUUAUAAAGUUUUGUUUUUUUACGGUCACUUAAGUUGAAAUUAAAGUGGGUUUGGGGACGAUUAUCAGUAGCUCUCAUUCUAUGAUGUCAUAGUUUCGGGUUUGUAGAAAUCAUCAUCAUCACUACAGGUUUAUUGUUAUAUAUCUUUAUUGCCUUGUGAUUCGCAGCAGCACAGAUUUUUAGUACGUUGAUAGUUCUGGUUUAAGCUACUUUAACUUUUUACUGUGUCUUGAAUUGAUCUCUACUGUACUUCUGCUUCUCUUUUCACAUAUGUGCUCAAUUAUUAUGUUUAUGUCAACUACUGUAUGCAAUGUGCCGGUUUAACAUAAAAAGGUCAUUAAAACCAAGUGCACUAAAAUAA